AUGGAUUCAAGUCCAGAACAAAUGCAUUCUCAGGGAAGCAGUAGCAGUGACUGCGACGGGGAAAUGAUCAAUAUGGAAGAUCAUCGCCAAAAUGCAUAUUUUCAACUUGCAUUUGGUGAAAUGUCUUCAAUUGUGAAAUUUUCAAUAAAUUCACAGAAAUUAUCAGAAAAAAUAAACAAGACGUUUUCAUUACAAGACAUUAUUUCUUUAAUGGUUCAUGAGAUCGUUACUAAAAUGGAGAAAGAAAGCGACAAUCCAAGUGAUUAA